UUUUAGGACUCCACAAUCGUUCUAUCAUAUUAUUACCCACAUAGCUGUGAUGUCCAAUGUUGCAAUACCAGUGAAUAUCGCAAUGCCCGCGCCGGCGUCGUCUGUCAGUAAAAUGGUUUGUGAAUUGGUGUGACGAUUACUCCAGUACCGCUUGCGAUGUAUGACCUCCGAGUGUUCCAUCCUGCCGUUUUGAGCCAGUAAAUAGGAGUGUGAGGUUCCGUAUCAUGUGCGACAAGGCACUAGAACAGGCAGCGAAGGAAUCCGCCUGCGAAGGGGAGAGAAAGCAAGACACUAGCGUCACGUCCGCAUUUCCUGACGCCCUUGAUACGCCACCGGGUAGCAACGAAAGCGGGGAGAACUCUGGAGGAGGAAAGCCUCAGUUCUACAUUGAAGUGGACGCUAGCGCCAUGGCAAAUCUUAAGGCUGGAACCCAGUACACCCUUGUACCGGUCGAUGCAGAGCAAAGAGCUGCAGCAGCUGCUGCUAAUGACCACACCCAGCAGCAGCAGUUGGCAUGGUGUCAACCAAUGGACGGAAGGUUGCCAGAGGACGAUGUCAACGGCAGUGCUGUCGAAGGGGUCACAAAGGAAGAGCUGUCAGCCGACACAUUCAGUCUGGACCAGAGCAUAAUGAACGGCUUCGGCACUAGCAAGGCCGAGUCACAGGACAGUCCUCCGGUGCUGGACGCAGACUUCGAAGGAGGUGCUGGGGACGGGCCAGAAAAGAUGACGUAUGCUCCACUCAUUUCUGUGGCUCAACAGCAACAUCAGCACCACCAGCAGGAUGCGACCGCAUCUGCUGUGGCCUCUCAUAUGGUACCCCUUCAAAAGAGGAUUGUGCAGGCAAUUUCUUGCUGUUACAACCAAGAUGGGAUGCAUCUGUAUGCUGCUUUCUCGAUACCACCAGUGCACCAGCCCCUGAGACAGCACAAGAUAUCAUGCGAAAACAAGACUAAGCAUGCAGCUGGCUACGAAGCUCUGCGGUACCGCCACCCAUCUCCGCCAAUGUUUGGUGCUCCCCCACCUCACGGACUGCAACACCAGACACCGUACCUGGUGCACUCGCGAGGCGCAUGGGCUCCGUACCCAUCCCCUGCCACUCCUCAGGGUGGCCAAGCUUACCUGACACCAGUGAUGCCUCAGACAACCCCCGGCACGCCCGGUAGCAGUAGCAUGAGUGCCGCCAGUACCAGUAGUGGGACCCCAGACACAAGCAUGACUCUAGGGGGAGGCGAUGAUGUGCCCUCCCCUCCUGACUACGGGCGAGGAGACGGCACAGCCAGUGGAGCGGACCUCCUCGGGGUGGCCCGCGUGGCCAACAUGGGUCAGAUCCAGCAGAUGGUUGGGCCCUUGGACAACAUGCCCUACUACAUGCCUUUCAACGGUCGAGAGAAUCACAAUGAGAAGGAACGGAAAAGGAGAACGCGUAUCAAGAACGCCUGCCAGACCCUACGCUCCCUGGUGCCAGGUCUCAGUGAAAAGACUGACAAGGCGACAGUAUUUGAGUUCACCGUGCAAUACCUCCUCCACCUACGCAGACAUCUGGGCGUCAAACACGACAAGGUAGUAGAAAAAAAGCACCCCAGAGAUGCAGAGUACGGCAAGCCAGCGUUUCUUUCACAGGAGUUCAUGGAGAAGUACUCACCUUACUGAGCAAAGACAGUUGGUUGAAAACCUCAAGUACAAAGAAGAUACUGUGCCACACCUGAUGCAGUUCACAAGUGCAAUGCAAAAAGGACAUCUCUGCUGUAACGUAUACUUUAGUGGGUUUUUAACUGUUCCCGACUAUUUCCCACUUUUUCUUUUUUACGUGUAUCAUUAGCUUCUGUCUCUUUUUUUUUAUUGCAUGCAGUUGUGAUAGUUAUACCCAGAUUUUGCAGAUUAUGUUUCAAUGUUGGAGGGUUCAUUUACUACACUGUUCCAGUCGCCAAGAAAACGUAACCUCCAGUGCCUUCUCGUUUGUCAAGCCUUGCACUUCAUUACAAAUAAACUUGUACAUAUUCUU